CGGACGCUGUGUGCUCGGAUCGGAGUCUCGAACGAUGCGCGAAAAGAUUCGGCGGUUAUUUUUUAUCUGGACAUUAAAAUGGCGAGGAGAAUAACUCGGAGGGAUGUUAAACGGCCGUCGAAAAUCAGGAAACUAAAACUCCCUUAUCUGAUAAUAUCGGCCAUUCGAAACUUGAGGAACACGAAGGGAUCGCCGCCGACUAAAAUCGUCAGCUACGUGGCGAGGACUUCGCAUAUUUCAAGAGCCACCGCCAAACGACAAGUGGACCUGGCCUUGAGACGCGCGGUGAAUGACGGUCUGCUGAGACGACGUCACGGUCACUAUUGUUUGGAUCCCGUCGCGGCCUUCUUCAAAUCCAAUUCCGGAAAAUCAUCGAAAUCUCCGCGGGGCAAAAGAGCGCCCGGUGGUUCGGCAAAGUCGAACGCGCCGAAGAAAAUCAAAAAGAAUCCGAGGAGGAUCGUACCGUUCGCCAGGGUCGUACGAAAACCACUUUUGUCCGUACGAACGAGAAACAAAUAUCCUCGGAGGAGACCGUCGCCUCAUCAACUCUCGGAUAUGUACUGUAAUCCGAGCUACAAAGACUCGACCGACUCCUCCGUGGCUUCUAGUUUAUCGAGAAAAAGUUCCGAGCUCCAACCGACUUGUGACAACGCCACUAAGGAGCCGAACGAUGGCUCGUCCAUCUCCAGUCUUCCACCGUCUAGCGGGCUCUGAAUUUCCCCGGACUCGAGCCCCUUUCUUUCGAUUCUAAAAUUCAUUUGUAUUUUCCAUUCAUUUUAUUUUGCGGCGAAUUUUGGAAAAACUUGUAGACCGUCCUCGU